CUCCGCCCGUCCCAUCUCCCAACCUCCUCAGCGUGGCGCCGACGCUGCGUGCGGCGCGGACUACCCAGAGUACUCCGCGCGGGGGCAGCUCACUGGAGUUUGGUUCUCGAGGCGGCGGCAGCAAGCGGCGGCGGCUCCGGCGGCUCCUCCUCCUCCUUUGGUGGCGGCGGCGGCCCGGGACCGAGACCCGGCCCCGGCUCCCCUCUCCGCCACCCCGCGCGCCCCUAACCCUCCGGCGCCGCGGGGAACAUGCGGCUCCGGCUCCCGGAGGCCGGCGAGUGAGUGACCCCCGUCCCCCGCCUCAGCCCGCCCGCCCGCUGGCCCGGCCGCAACCCCCCGCCUCGCCCAGGCAAUGACAGCGGCUCCGGCGUCUCCGCAGCAGAUCAGGGACCGGCUGCUGCAGGCCAUCGACCCCCAGAGCAACAUCCGGAACAUGGUGGCGGUGCUGGAAGUCAUCUCCAGCCUGGAGAAAUACCCCAUUACCAAAGAGGCACUUGAGGAAACACGACUUGGGAAGCUCAUCAACGACGUCCGCAAGAAAACCAAGAACGAGGAGCUCGCCAAGCGGGCCAAGAAGCUGCUGCGGAGCUGGCAGAAGCUCAUCGAGCCAGCGCACCAGCAUGAGGCAGCGCUACGGGGGCUGGCGGGGGCCACUGGCUCUGCCAACGGGGGUGCACACAACUGCCGGCCGGAGGUGGGGGCGGCUGGCCCGCCCAGGAGCAUCCAUGACCUGAAGAGCCGCAAUGACCUCCAGAGGCUGCCCGGGCAGCGGCUGGACAGGCUGGGCAGCCGCAAGCGCCGGGGUGACCAGCGUGACCUCGGCCACCCAGGACCGCCACCUAAGGUCUCCAAAGCUAGCCACGACCCCCUGGUCCCCAACUCAUCCCCCCUCCCUACGAAUGGCAUCAGUGGGAGUCCAGAGAGCUUCCCCGGCUCCCUGGAUGGCAGUGGGCAUGCAGGCCCAGAGGGCGGCCGCCUGGAGCGUGGCGAGAAUGACAAGCACAGUGGCAAGAUCCCCGUCAACGCUGUGCGGCCGCACACCAGCUCCCCGGGCCUGGGCAAGCCCCCUGGACCCUGCUUGCAGCCAAAGGCUUCGGUGCUGCAGCAGUUGGACAGGGUGGAUGAGACUCCGGGGCCUCCCCACCCCAAGGGACCCCCUCGCUGCUCUUUCAGUCCUCGGAACUCACGGCAUGAGGGCUCCUUUGCCCGGCAGCAGAGCUUGUAUGCACCCAAAGGCUCCGUGCCCAGCCCCUCACCGCGGCCCCAGGCGCUCGAUGCCACACAGGUGCCGUCACCGCUUCCACUGGCACAGCCGUCCACACCCCCUGUACGGCGGCUUGAGCUGCUGCCCAGUGCAGAAAGCCCAGUGCGCUGGCUUGAGCAGCCGGAAAGCCACCAGCGGCUGGCGGGGCCGGGCUGCAAGGCAGGGCUGUCCCCAGCCGAGCCCCUCCUGUCCCGGGCGGGCUUCUCCCCAGACUCCUCCAAGGCGGACAGUGACGCUGCCUCCUCAGGGGGCUCGGACAGUAAAAAGAAGAAGAGGUACCGGCCUCGAGAUUACACGGUUAACUUGGACGGGCAGGUGGCUGAGGCGGGCGUCAAGCCUGUCCGGUUAAAAGAGCGGAAGCUCACCUUUGACCCCAUGACAAGACAGAUCAAACCUCUGACCCAGAAAGAGCCAGUGCGGGCAGACAGCCCUGUGCACAUGGAGCAGCAGUCCAGGACAGAGCUGGACAAGCAGGAGGCCAAGGCCAGCCUCCAGAGCCCCUUUGAACAGACGAACUGGAAGGAGCUGUCACGCAAUGAGAUCAUCCAGUCCUACCUGAGCCGGCAGAGCAGCCUGCUCUCAUCGUCAGGCGCGCAGACCCCGGGGGCUCACCACUUCAUGUCUGAGUACCUGAAGCAGGAGGAGAGCACCCGGCAAGGGGCCAGGCAGCUGCACGUGCUGGUGCCUCAAAGCCCGCCCACAGACCUCCCCGGGCUGACCCGGGAUAUCACACAGGACGAUCUCGACAGAAUCCAGGCCAGCCAGUGGCCGGGGGUGAACGGGUGUCAGGACACACAGGGUAACUGGUAUGACUGGACGCAGUGCAUAUCGCUUGAUCCGCACGGCGAUGACGGGCGCUUGAACAUUCUGCCUUAUGUCUGUUUGGACUGACCGGCCCGUCAGCCACGAAGUGCAUUCCCAUCUUGCAGAAGCCGGGCGGGCGGGCGGGCAGGCAGGUGGGCAGGUGGCCGGGGCCCAGCUGCCUCCUGCGCUGGGAACUCGGGGAGUCCGGCCCGGGCAGGAGGGAGGGGGCGGGAGUCACGCGGUCUCUCUGCACUCUUCCCUCAAAACUCUCCUUUUGUGAAAUGCUGCUACCAGUUUACUAACAAAAUUGCAAAGGAAGGACCGCGUGGAAGGAAGGACGGCAAAGUGAGUUCAGAACUCUAUAGCAAACCAGCUAUAAAAAGCGUUAGUCCCUCACCCCUGAAGAGGUGCGGACACUUUCCAGCACCUGAAAGCUGGGACCUCAGUUGCAGGCAGGCACAGAAAACCUGUGGAGAGGUUACCUUUAACACAGCAACAGAAGCACGCAUCUCAUCUCUCUUGCAUUUUCUGUUCUUUAAUUUGGCCCUGAGUGUCUGUGAGACAGUGGGCCAUGCUGCCUCUGUUUGCUCCCUACCCAGCCACUGUCAGGUCAGUGUUGUCCGUCAUGUGCCAGAAGCUUCUCAGCUGUGGUGAGCCACUGGCAUUGGGCAGGCAGGCCAGCUGGCCAGCCAGGGUGACCCACACUCCACGGGCAGCCACCUGUUUAUAUCUGGUUUCAGUUAUAACCCCGUUUUUAAAGAAAUGCUGCAAAAAUUUAAGUUUUUUCAUGUUUAUUUUAACAACUCCUUCCAUCAGACCACCAGACAAAAAACCUUUCCUUUCUUCCUCCCUUUCUUUUUUCCCUUCCUGUACACAUCUAGAAAACUUCACCUUUCUAGAGUCCUCCCAAAACAACACAAAAGUUACUGUGGGUGCUACUGGUUUUAUGCUGUACUGUGGGGCGAGGGGGAAGACCUGUCUGUACGCUGGAAACACUCAUAACCAUUCCUUUAGAUUCUUUUGCCUUAUGGUUAUUUGUCAUAAACGCGAUUUGCAAAAACAAGGAGCCUUAGUGAAUGUACAGUACCUAGACUUCUGUGUUCUCAGGAUGCAGAAGGGAGCAACUUUGCUAUUUGGUCCAGUAAGUGGACACCUUGUGAUAUAAAUGUGGAAAUAAAAAAAAAAAACAAAAACCAUUUGCACAAA